ACAUUUUAUGCAUAUAAAUAUAAUGAACUGGCAGUAUUACGAGUAAUAGUAAUGUUAUUUAAUUCAUAGCAAUUUGAAUUGACAAAAUAUACUCAUAGUCAGCGCCAUGUUAUUCUAUUUCUGCAAUAUAGCGUUGAAAAUGUAUUUAAUAUAAUUAUAUCUUAAAAACAAUAUAAUAAAAUUAACUAUAGUCUUAACGCACCAAAUACUUUACAAAAUAAACGAAAAAAGUAAGAUUAAAAUAAGGAUGAAAUGAAAAGUGAGAGAAAACGAUAAACGUAUCAUGUUUUGUUGAUGAUUUCGUAAAAUCGAAGUGUAUAUCGAGUCGAAAGUGCGUUCUGUUGCGUUUUCGAAUAGUAUUUUUUAGAAGCAGUAAUGACUUCAGAAUUAAUUUUAGGUAUACGUCUAGAACCUCAGACAUUAACUACAAUUAAAUUAAAUGAUAUUAAUUUUAAAAUAAAGGUUGGAGAACUGAAAUAUGAGACAGCUAAAAAAGUUAACCUAGCGAAGGAAUUAUUUGAACUGAUUUAUUGCGGCUCUGUGCUGGAGGAUGAUAUGACCUUAGAAUUUUAUGGUAUAAAAAGUGGUGCAAUGGUACAUGUGUUGAGAAAAAGAGAAUCAGAGCUGAUGUCAUUACCAAAAUACAUAUCUGAAGACAGUAUUUUACAGCUUGCAUCUACAUUUAAAUCAUUUAAAGAAAAUCCCAAACUUAGGAGUGCUUUAAAUCAUUUGGGUGAAAGACCGGAAGUUAUAAAUAAUAUAAUUUCAUCUUCUCCUGGAUUACAUGAAGACACUGUAGCAAUUGCCAUCUUGCAGGAUCCUGAUUUAAUGGCAUAUUUUACAGAUGUAGAUACUGUUCGAAGAUUUGCAGAAGCACAUCCAGUUCUAGUAGAGGCAGCUCAAAAUAUAGCUGCUGCAGUUCAUGCUGAAGUACAUAAUAAUACAACUGCUGGCACUAACUCUUCACUGUCUACCUUGCAGCCAACUGCUUAUUUAUAUAGUUUAGACAAUUUGAGUGAUGAUGAAGAAAUGGCUGGUGAUUCAUCUCAAUCUUCAGAUUCUACUCAGCCCUCAAAUAUAUCUAAUAAUCCAUCAAACUCUGCAAUUACUGUUGCACAACUUGCUGCAGCAGUUUCCAGAGCAAGAGCCAGGAGCUUUCCUCUUUCCAAUUCUCCCUCAUCUACUUCAGCUGGUAGUACAAAUUCUGGAGUAAUAACUACAGAGAUGUUUACACAAGCUAUGCAACAAGCAUCUGCAGCAACUCCGGGUUUAAUAAAUGACACAACGCUACCACCAAUUUUACCACCCGUUUUGCCGCAAUUCACAGAUUUGCAGCGACAGUUAGCGCAGAUGCAUGAACUAGGAUUACAAGAUGACACAGUAAACAUUCAGGCAUUGCAUUUCACAAACGGUGAUGUUCAGGCAGCGAUUGAACUUGUGUUCAAUGGUUUUAGUAACAAUUAAAUUUACUAAUUUAGUAGGUACAGUGAAUUAUUCAAAAUUAAUAGGAAAUAACAAAAAUAUAAGUAUUUGUGUCCUAUUUUUACGAAAUUAAACAAACUUCGUAAAACUUAAAAAUGAGAAAUGCUUCUUAAAACGUAUAAAAAUUACUUGAAUUCUUGUUUUAUAUUUUUCCGUUUUAAAAGCAUCUUCUGGAAACACAUAAUAAAUCCGAUUUCUUA